UUUUUUUUUCAAAAACAAAAUAUGGAGAAGAAAACUUCGUCUACUGGUCCAUCAAGUUCAGCAAAGCAUCAUUUCUAUGAUAUUGCCCAAAAAGUCGUGGAACAGAUAAGAAGUGAAAAGGAUUCUGAGGCUCAUCGAGAAUUCAGAAGUCAUUCUGGAAAUAUACAGAAAAAGUCGCGAGACGCUUAUAUCUUUGGUAUCGAACAUCCUGGCAGUACUGGUGUCAUCUAUACCACUGAUCGUGCAACUAAAUUAGGUUUUCGUCCUGAUGAUCCUACUUGGGCAAAUUUUGGUCAAGGUGCUCCAGAAGUGGGUCAUAUUGAUGGAUGUAUGGAUAAACCCACCCAUAUUGAAAUCCCUCUAGCAUCACUUGAAUAUGCCCCAGUGGCGGGUUGUACUGAAUUACGAUCUGCUGUUGCCAAUCUAUACAAUGAAAUCUACAGAAAAAACAAGACGUCGAAAUAUACUGCCGAAAAUGUGUGCAUUGUACCAGGUGGUCGAGCAGGAAUGACUAGAGUGGCCAGUGUCAUUGCUGAUGUUGAAGUGGGCUAUUUUUUACCCGAGUACACUGCCUAUGAACAAAUGCUUUCUAUCUUCAAACGGUUUGUGCCUAUCCCUACAUCACUGGAUGAAGAAGUGGAUUAUAGUGUAGAUUCAGAAACAUUACGCAAACAUAUUUCUGGAUGUGGUAUUAGCUUGAUCGUACGGUCCAAUCCAUCCAAUCCAACAGGCACUUUGGUGGAAGGAGAAGAGUUAAAAAAAAUGAUUCAAGUAGGUCGUGAUCGACAUGCCACUAUGGUCUUUGAUGAAUUCUAUUCUGCCUAUAUCUACUCGCAUGAUGAAUCUCAAAAUGGUCGUACUGUGAGUGCUGCUGAAUUUAUUGAUGAUGUAAAUACUGACAAUGUUGUCAUUGUGGAUGGAUUAACUAAGAACUUUCGCUUACCGGGUUGGAGAAUAUGUUGGGUAGUAGGUCCAAAAAGAGUUAUCAAUGCGGUGGAAGCAGCUGGUUCUUUUUCAGAUGGUGGAGCUAAUCAUCCUUUACAAUUAGCCGCUGUGCCGAUGCUCCAGCCUGAAACGUAUAGGAACGAAGCCAAAGCUUUACAAAGACAUUUCCGAAUGAAGAGAGAUAUUGUCUUGAAACGUUUGAAAGAAAUGGGCUUUGUCGUACGCAAACCACCUAGGGCCACCUUUUAUAUUUGGCUUGAUCUGUCUGCCUUGCCACCUCCUAUCAAUGCUGGUUUGGUCUUUUUUGAGGAAUGUUUGAAAGAAAAGACAAUUUUAGUGCCUGGUAUCUUUUUUGAUAUCAAUCCUGCUCAUCGUAGAGAAUUGUUUGAUUCUCCAUGCCAUCAUUUUGUUCGACUAUCUUUUGGUCCUCCCCUUGAUGAUCUCAUGAGAGGUCUGGAUGGUAUGCAAAGAGUGAUCAAUAAAUUCAAAAAGGUGUAAACAAAGAACAGAUCAAUGAUAAUUGAAAUAAAAUGAUAUAUAUGUAUUUUGUUCACGAUGAUUCGAUCUUCAAUCUGAGUUCUUUCUUUUUUUAAUGCUGUUAUAUAUAUGUGUAUGUGAUUGCACCGCCUUUUCUGGUUAUAAAUUCCAAUUUUUAUCGUCUUAUUUUUGUCCUCUCUCUUUUCGUUCCGCUACACUUUUUUUUUUUUUAUAUUAGACUAGAUGUCACUACGCGAACCAAUUGGAUGCUUUGACGAUAAAAUCGACUGAAUGGAUGGAUAGCAUCGUCAAUCGAAUG